AUGAGGAUCAUUCAAAACAUCCCUUAUAUCAUCCCUUUCAAAAGUAUAAAAGGAUGUGACGAUGAAAAGUGUAAUCAAACAAAUAAAGAACAACAUGAUAGAUUCAUUAAAAAUGUAUUAUGUAACUUGGUAUUGUUUAGAAAGAUUAUAUUGGUAUCGAGAAAGAAUAAUGCUGACAUAUAUUACAAGAUUAAUCAACUACCAAACAAGAUUGGUUGGUAUCUUUGUUACGGUCAUAUCAAUCUAUUAAAAGAAAGAAUUGAAAGAGAAGAGAGAGAAUUGAUUUUACAAAUAAUCAAUAAUAAUACUUCAUCCUCUUCAUCAUCUUUAAAUUCAUUUACAAUUAAAAAAGAUUAUUUAUUUGAUGAUCAUUUAAAAUGGAAUUAUAAAGCAACCGAAUAUAUAUGUUCAUUUAAUGGUCAAGAUGAACAACACUUGGAGUUAUUUAAAUAUCUGUUUGAAAAGAAACCUGAAUGGUUUAAUUAUGAAGAUUGUUUCAAAAUGGCAGCAAGUAAAGGCAACAUAGAGAUGUUUAAAAUAUUGGUUAAUAAUACAGUCCCAAUUAAAAUAUCAUAUGACAUGAAUGAAUGUAUUACACUUGCAAUUCAAGGAAUGCAUCCAGAUAUGGCAUUAUAUCUAUUGGAAAAGAUCAAUUACAAACUUAAAGUGACCGAACCAUUCACUUUAAAUGAUGGUCUAUGUAAACACAACCAAUCAGAUUUAAUCAAACUUGCUAGACUAUUUGUCGAUAUUGUCAACAAAAACAAACAGUAUGGUUUCACAAUGGACAAGGUCUUUCGCCAUUAUUUUCACAAACUACUCAUUCCAACAAGAGAUAUAGAUACGAUUAAAUAUGCUCAAUGUCACUAUGAAUCAGAUCUUUCCGUUGUUGAAUAUGUUUAUUCAAGCUUACUUUGUACUGGUUUACCUAAAGACAUCGACACUGAUCACCACAUUGACUUUAUCAAACAAGUCUUGGAACUAAUAUCGAUCGAUUUUGAAAUCUGCGACGAGUCAACAACAACAAUGGUGAUUGAAGAGGAAAUGGAUUGUGUGGAAAAGAAAAAGGAAAGCUCAGACCAGAGUAAUGCAAUCUAUUUCGAUAGUCUUACCCAACUAUCAACAAAACAGUCUCGGUGGUAUAUGUUUAUAUAUAAUAUGUUUUUCUAUCAUAAAGUUGAAACCAUCAGUGGAAACAAAGAGUUGGAUGCACCUCACAUUCUUAAAGUACGAGUCAAAGAAGAACAAAAGGUAGAGUUUGUCCAAAUGGUAUGUGAAAAACAUGGAUGGGCAUUCAUAAUGAACUAUGGUACAUUGGAAUAUGUAAAGUUGGCACAUUCAUUGCGUUUGGUCGAUGUGAAUAGCAAAUUUUAUCCAAAACAUCAAGAUAGCAAUCAAACAUUGGCAAUCAUGCAGUAUCUACACGAUAACAAUAUCAAACCAUUUAGAGAUACAAUGGUGGGCCAUUGUCGUGAGAGUGAUGACAAGGUUAUCUUGUUUCUACAUAAACACUAUCCUCAAUUGCUCCAUCGAGAUCAAGUACUAGACUAUAUCAAAAGAAAUGGUCAUUUUUAUCUUGCAAGUGCUGUACUAGCUUUACCCGGUCCAUCAGAGAUAAUAUUACCACAGAGAAUAUUACCACUAAUGUGUGAUAUCAAAGAUAGCACCGGUCUCAAUGCAACCUCUCUUGAUGUAUUGAUCAAGCUUAACGGGUAUGCCAUUUCAUACUAUUACGACGAUCAUUUUGGUCAAGAGAGUUUCCAACUUAUGAAACAGUAUUACAAUGCGGACAUCCACGAAAAUAUAAAAUCAACCUAUCAACAACAACUAAAGAUUUCCACGGAAAACAACCAAAUUCAUAUUGUCGAAUGGCUGCUCUACCAACAAACAAAAUAUAAACCAUCUUCUUCAACUCUUGUCAACAUCCUCUCCCAAUCAUUCAACCGACAAUACAAAGCACUUUACCAAUUAAUCAAACGUUAUUAUCGAGAUAAUGGGAAACAAUUAGAUUUCGGUUUGACCACUUGGAAUGAAUUAGCAUCAAGAGGUGACAUUAAAACAUUUGAUAAAUUAAUGACCAAGUGUACACCUUUGAGAGAGUUUAUACAAAUGUUCAUCAGUACAGCCAUCAUUCAUAAUCAACUAGCAUUUAUUAAACACUUGUACAACACCCAAUACGGAACAUCAUUGGAAAUAUUUGCUAAAAGUAUCUCUAAAGCUAUUGCCAUCGAUAGUCCAAUGAUAUUGAAAUACUUUUUAGAUUUGGAACAUCAAGAAGAAAAGAGUCAAAAUAAGAGUCGUUACGAAUAUGAAUUUUUGGAAUCAAAUGUGGGUGCUUUGACUCGAUCAACUGCUAAACGAUGCUUAUCAAAUGGAAGCUUGUCUUGUUUCAAAAUGAUUUUGGAUCUAGAUUAUUUUGACUUGGCAUCUAUAAAUCUAUUUGAAGAAUUGGGAAAAUCAAUAUCUAAAAAUAAUCUUUCAAUUGUCAAUUAUCUUGUUCAUCAUGGUUAUAUUGUUGACGAGGAUACCAACAAUAACAACAACAACAACAACACCGAUCAACAAUCUGAUGAUAUUCCAUUUUUAAAGGAGUUAUUAUUAGACAAUAAGAAAAGAUAA